AUGCAUUGGAAUCUAAAGAUGUUAUUAGUAUAUCCUUAUUCAUCUCCUCAAUGCCGUAUAAACAAUGUCUUCACUGUAUUGGAGAUCCGAUAUUAUGAUUUUUCUGUCCAUAGUUAUCCCCAGCGAGUGCAGCAAGUAAAUAUGCAAGUUUCAAUCCAAUCACUGAGAACCAGCUUCUGGAGGGUCACUCCUCGAAAGUUACCACCAAUCCCAGUCACUGUCUCAGCGGAAGGUUCUGUUCCAGAAAGGCUCACAACCUACAUCAUGGAUACUGGUCUGAGCAGAGCAGAAGCGAAGCAUAAGAUUCUCGUUUCACUUGAAACCAAAAAUCCUGUUGUACUUCCGCUAGGCCUCAUCAGGGAUACUCAUGAGAUUCAGAUGUUGUGGUAUGGUAUUCCUAAGCAGGAGCCUGAGAUGCUAACACUCACUGUUGCUUUGGUGAACAGUGUACACCAUUCCAAUGGCAUUGUCAUGCUUUACUCCUUGAUAAACAUCCACGGGCUGUCCCAACCUCCUCCUGGAAAAUUUACCUAG